AUGCAUAAUGCAGAAUUUGUACAUGGUGAUUUAAGAUGUGAAAAUAUCCUCUGUAAGAAGAAACAAAAAAUUGGUGAUAAUAAUGAUCAAGUAGAUAUUGUAAUUAUAGAUUUUGAUUGGGCUGCAUCAAAAUUUGAGUCACCACAAUCGCCACAAUCACAUAAAGAAUUUUGUGAAAACGAUAACAUGGAUAUUGAUGCCAAUAAUGAAGAAUUAACAUCAAAAAUUAAUCCUGAUUCUGAUAUAUACGAUCAAGAACAUAUAAUAAAAGAUUUAAAUGAAAUCCUAUCAGUCAUUUUAUCAUUUGCUAGAACGUUACGACAUAGAAGGUUUCGUAAUUACAGUGAACAACAGAAACAAGAAUAUUGGAGCACAAUUAACUCUUUAUAUGAAAAAUUUAUAUUAUAUACAUCGAAUUUUGUAAAUACAUUAAAGUCAUUGGAUGAAAAAGUUCUAUGUGUUGAGGUUUUUACUUGA